AUGAUCGGCCGGCGUGCUGGAACGAAUCGAGUAGAUAUGAGGAGGGACGACUCUCUUCUGACUCGGUUUGUUGACUCAGUAUUCUAUUACUUCCGAUUGGCUGAGUUUGAGAUCCUCUUUGUUCUCUUCGUCGUUAUCGCCUACGUCAUCUUCAAGGAUCUGACAUCGAGGCCGGAGUACAAUCGGAUUCUUGUGGAGAAACCCGGUGGAGCUGACAUCUGGCCGUUCUAA